CGUUCCAAUUAGCAUUUCGAAUAGAUCUAUCUCUUUAGAUCUAUGUAUUUUAGAAAGCGCAAAUGAGAGAGCUGUUUCCAUCGUGAGAACAGGCUGUGUGAUGAGCGUGGAGAGAGGGAUUCAUUACAAAACAAGACCCGCGCGUGCCGCACAUAAAGCAGCGUGAAGAUGGAACCGAUGGACAUGACGACGUAUCCGAGGAGAAUGCAUAGCUACGAGGAUGAAGAGGAACGGAAGCACUUCCAAAGAAUCGUCUCUGCGUUCCGCUAUUACAAACCACAUUCACUGCAAAGGGUAAAGAAAACUGAAUCUUACCUGCUCAGUCUGCCAUCACAUCAUCAAAAACUUCUUUUGAAGUAUAAAGACCAUCUGCAAGAAGUGAAACGAUGUAUCGAAAACAACGAUCAAAUUAUAAAACUUAUAAUAAAAGAUGUAGCUCAUAUAUUUGAAAAUGUUUGCCCAACUACUGCACAAGUUGAUAGCACACUGCAUCCGCGACCUGUAAUGGCAGAUCAAGAAAAAGUUCAAGCUACCAUUAAGCAAUUGGUUCGAGAUUGGAGUGUAGAAGGCACUGAGGAACGAAAAACGUGCUAUCAACCAAUUAUACAUGAAAUAUUGUGCCAGUUCCCAUUAGAACAUUGUACACCGUCGGACGUGCAUAUUUUAGUACCUGGUGCGGGAUUGGGUCGACUUGCCUUUGAAAUUGCCAGGCGUGGAUAUACCUGCCAAGGAAAUGAAUUUUCCUUGUUUAUGCUGUUUGCAUCAAACUUCGUAUUAAAUAAGUGUAGAGAAGUAAACUUGUAUCAAGUGUAUCCGUGGGUACACCAAUAUAUGAAUAAUUUGAAACCCGAACACCAAACACAAGCGGUUUCCUUUCCUGACGUGAGUCCGAGCGAUCUUCCGGGAACAGCGCAAUUCUCUAUGACAGCGGGCGACUUUUUAGAGGUUUACACAGAAGACAAUCAUUGGGAUUGCGUUGCGACCUGUUUCUUCAUAGACUGUGCUAAUAAUGUUGUGCAAUUUAUUGAAACAAUUUACAAGAUCUUGAAGCCAGGUGGGAUCUGGAUAAACCUCGGACCAUUGCUAUAUCACUUUAGCGACUUGCCGAAUGAGGAAUCGAUCGAGCCGAGUUACGCUGCCAUCCGCGAUGUUAUUCUCGGCUUUGGUUUUCAAUUGGAGAAGGAAGAGACACAUGUGAAAACGCGUUAUGCCCAGAACAUUAAUAGUAUGUUACAAUGCGAGUAUAAUAGCGUGUAUUUUGUUUGUCGAAAACCUCAAGAACAUUCAGACAACACAAAUCACAAGAAUGUUGAAUCCAACGGCGCGGUGGAACAAGAGAACUAAAUCAAGCGCAGUUUAUUUUACUCGUGAAGAAAAGUGUUUGGCGCUAAAGAGCUGUUAAGUGCACUCGAUUUUCUCGCAAUUAUCAUGUAAAAUAGUUCUGCGACUGCAUAAUAAGUAAGACUUAUUAUUUUUCUUUUUUUUAUAUCUUUAUCUCUUUACUGACAUCUUUACUAUCAAUUUGUUUCACGAUAUAUAGUACGAGAGAGUUUUCAUUGUACUAUAAGGCUUGAAUCGUACUAUUGCUCUGAUCGAUACACUUGCGUACCGCUUUCAAAUGAUCGAAUAUUUUUUAAUCGUUUCAACAACUAGAGCGUUACUCGUAUUAAUGCAUGCGCUACAAGUAAUUGAAAAGUAUUUGAUCGAUCUGAGAGCGAAGCGUGACCAGAUCGCAAUUGGAUCAAUAAUAUGAACUGAACGUAAUAGAUUCUGUUGCUUCAUGGUAAUAGAUUAUCUAUUGCCAUGAAAAUAAUAGACAAAUUAUUUUAGUAUCGAUUGGCAUACCAUACUUUGAGAUAACUAAUCUAGUUAUAAUUCCUUUUGGAAUAGACGAGUUUCAACAUUAAUUGUGAUUGAAAAUGAAUAAUAUACUUCUACAGAGAAAAUUGACAAACCAAUAUAUAACAUUGUACAACCGUACAUUGUGCGAGCAACGUUGUUACGUAUAUACAAAUCAGUCAUACUAAAAGUUAGAAUAUGAAAUAAAAAUAUACCCGGUAGAAUUUC